CGUAUUGUCAAUGAAAGAUAGAGGAAGAGAAACAAACUCUCUCGACCAUGUUUCUCCCGAACACUACGCUUCAUCUCUCUCUUUUGUCUCUCUUCUUACAUUUUCUUCAUCUCCUUCGUCUCUUUACUUUCAUUCCUCUCUUUCAUCAAUCUUUCCUCCAUGGAAAUUAACAACAACAACAACAACCACCACCACCACUCUGAUACCGACGAUGACAUCCUCGCCUCCAUGAGCUCUGUUCCUCCUCCUCGUAAAAUCCAUUCCUACAGCCACCAGCUCCGUGCCUCCGGUCAAAAAGUCCGUCACCACCGCCAUCGCCAACAGCAUAGCCUCGAUGAUAUUCCCAAACUCACCGAGAUCAUCUCCGGUUGCAGUAUCUCCGGUGAUUCUUCCGAUGAUGAGUUCUACCCUUACGCCUCCACCAUCAACUCCUCGUCAUUUCCUUUCACCGGAGACAUCAACGAUUCCGAUGAUUACUUGAUAACACAUCAGCCUGAGAUCGGAGAAGAUUUUCAACCCCUUCCAGAGUUUGUUGGCUCCGGAGGCGGCGUGGGGAUGUUCAAAGUCCCCACGCGGUCUCCGUUGCACUCCGCGCGGCCUCCUUGCUUAGAGCUAAGGCCGCAUCCACUUAAGGAGACUCAGGUUGGGAGAUUCUUGAGGAACAUAGCUUGUACAGAAACACAACUGUGGGCUGGACAAGAGAGCGGUGUUAGGUUCUGGAACUUUGAUGACGCGUUCGAGCCAGGGUGUGGUCUAAGCGGCCGUGUAAGGAGAGGAGAUGAGGAUGCUGCACCGUUUCAUGAGUCGGCGAGUACUUCUCCCACCACUUGUUUGAUGGUUGACAAUGGGAAUAGGCUUGUUUGGAGUGGUCACAAGGAUGGUAAGAUUAUGUCUUGGAAGAUGGAUCAUGGACCUGAUAAUAAAAGUGAUGAUGGUGAGGAUGAUACUCCUUUCAGUGAAGGCCUCUCUUGGCAAGCUCAUAAGGGUCCUGUCAAUUCCAUAAUCAUGAGUUCUUAUGGUGAUUUAUGGUCAUGUUCAGAAGGUGGUAUAAUCAAGAUAUGGACAUGGGAAACUAUGGAGAAAUCACUUUCUAUUAGAUUAGAGGAGAAACAUAUGGCUGCUUUGUUAGUGGAGAAGUCAGGGAUUGAUCUCAAGGCUCAAGUUACUGUUAAUGGUAACUGCAGCAUAUCUUCCUCUGAAGUCAAAUCUUUGUUAGCUGAUAAUGUAAGAUCUAAAGUAUGGGCUGCUCAGCUUCACACCUUCUCCUUGUGGGAUGGUCGCACAAAGGAGCUACUGAAAGUUUUCAACACAGAAGGCCAAACUGAAAACCGCGUCGAAAUGCCAUCAGGGCAGGAUCAGCCACCAGAAGAUGAGACAAAGGUUAAGAUUGCUUCCAAUUCUAAAAAGGACAAGCCACAUGGAUUCUUGCAGCGCUCAAGGAAUGCUAUCAUGGGAGCUGCGGAUGCUGUUAGAAGAGUUGCAACAAGAGGAGGAGCAAACGAAGAUGCUAAAAGAACAGAAGCAAUUGUAUUAGCCGGAGAUGGCAUGGUUUGGACCGGAUGCACAAACGGUUUGCUUGUACAAUGGGACGGAAAUGGAAACAGGUUGCAAGAUUUCCAUCACCACCAGUGUGCUGUGUUGUGUUUCUGCACUUUUGGGGAAAGAAUAUACAUUGGUUAUGUUAGUGGUCACAUUCAGAUAAUUGAUCUUGAAGGCAAUCUAAUCGCCGGAUGGGUUGCACAUAAUAACGCAGUGAUAAAGAUGGCAGCAGCUAAUGGUUAUAUUUUCAGCUUAGCCACUCAUGGUGGUAUACGUGGAUGGCAUGUGAUUUCUCCUGGGCCUCUUGAUGGGAUAAUAAGAUCAGAACUGUCUGAAAAAGAACGGACUUAUGCACAGACAGAUAGUGUUAGGAUUUUGAUCGGUUCAUGGAAUGUUGGACAAGGCAAAGCUUCACAUGAUGCACUUAUGUCUUGGUUAGGCUCUGUAGCGUCAGAUGUUGGUAUUCUUGUUGUAGGCUUACAAGAAGUAGAGAUGGGUGCUGGGUUCUUGGCAAUGUCAGCAGCUAAAGAAUCGGUAGGAGGAAAUGAAGGAAGUUCUAUAGGGCAGUACUGGAUAGACACAAUAGGGAAGACUUUAGAUGAGAAAGCAGUCUUUGAACGCAUGGGAUCAAGGCAGCUAGCUGGUUUGCUCAUAUCACUUUGGGUGAGGAAGAAUCUGAGAACACAUGUAGGUGACAUUGAUGUAGCAGCAGUUCCAUGUGGUUUUGGACGUGCAAUUGGUAACAAGGGAGGUGUAGGCUUGAGAAUUAGGGUCUUUGAUAGGAUCAUGUGCUUCAUCAACUGCCACUUGGCUGCACAUUUAGAAGCUGUAAACCGCAGAAAUGCUGAUUUUGAUCACAUCUACAAAACAAUGUCAUUUUCACGGUCAUCAAAUGCUAAUAAUGCACCAGCUGCUGGUGUGACUACAUGUUCUCAUACCACAAAAAGCGCAAAUAAUGUAAUCGUCAACACAGAAGAGACAAAACAAGACCUAGCUGAGGCAGAUAUGGUUGUAUUUUUUGGUGAUUUCAACUACAGGCUCUUUGAUAUAUCAUAUGAUGAAGCUAGAGACUUUGUCUCACAAAGAAGCUUUGAUUGGCUUAGAGAAAAAGAUCAGCUUAGGGCAGAGAUGAAAGCUGGAAAAGUCUUCCAAGGAAUGCGUGAAGCGAUAAUCACAUUCCCUCCAACUUAUAAAUUUGAAAGACACCGACCUGGAUUAGGAGGUUAUGAUUCAGGUGAGAAAAAGCGUAUUCCUGCAUGGUGUGAUAGAGUAAUAUACAGAGACACACGCACCAGUCCAGAAUCUGAAUGCAGUCUAGACUGUCCUGUCGUUGCUUCAAUCAUGAUGUAUGAUGCUUGUAUGGACGUGACAGAGAGCGAUCACAAACCUGUCCGUUGCAAGUUCCAUGUGAAGAUAGAGCAUGUUGAUAGAUCAGUAAGGAGACAAGAGUUUGGGAGGAUCAUCAGGACCAAUGAGAAAGUCAUAGCGUUGCUUAACGACCUACGUUAUGUUCCGGAGACAGUUCUCAGCAGCAACAACAUUGUUCUCCAGAACCAAGACACCUUUGUACUUCGCAUCACCAACAAAUGUGUCAAGGAGAAGGCCGUGUUCAGGAUCUUAUGUGAAAGUCAUAGUACGUUAGGAGAAGAUGAAGAUAAGUUAGAGUUACAUCCUUUUGUCUCGUUCGGUUUCCCACGGUGGCUUGAGGUGAUGCCAGCUGCAGGAACUAUAAAACCGGAUAGUUCCGUGGAGGUCACGGUUCACCAUGAGGAGUUCCAUACAUUGGAGGAGUUUGUAGAUGGUAUUCCUGAGAAUUGGUGGUGUGAGGACACAUGGGAUAAAGAAGCAAUACUUGUGGUGAAUGUGCAAGGAAGCUGUUCCACUGAGACUGUGUGCCAUAAGGUUCAUGUUCGUCACUGCUUCUCGGCUAAGAAUCUUAGGGUUGACUCCAUCCCAUCUAACUCCAAAUCCACGGGUUUGAAGAAGAAUGAAGGAGACUCUGGCUCCAAGUCUCAAAAGAAGAAUAAAGGAGAUUCUAGCUCCAAGUCUCAGAAGAAGAGCGAUGGAGACUCCAGCUCAAAGUCUCAGAAGAAGAACAAAGGAGAAUCCAACUCCAAGUCUCAGAAGAAGAGCGAUGGAGAUUCCAACUCCAAGACUCAGAAGAAGAGCGAUGGAGAUUCCAACUCCAAGACUCAGAAGAAGAGUGAUGGAGAUUCCAACUCCAAGUGUCAGAAGAAGAGUGAUGGAGAUUCAAACUCCAAGUCUCAGAAGAAAGAUGAUGGAGACUUGAGCUCCAAGUCUCAAAAGGAAAGUGAUGGAGAUUCAAGCUCCAAACCUCAGAAGAAGAGUGAAGGAGAUUCGAGCUCUUGCAAGUUUCAGAGUGGGAAGAAGAACGAAGGAGAUACAAGUUCCUACACGUCACAAAGUGAAAACAAGAGUGAAGGAGACACGACCUCGUACAAGUGCCAGAGUUGGAAGAAGAACAGUAGUAACUCGUCAGCGGGAGAGGAGAGCCGGAGUGGCCACAACAAACGUUGACUUGGGUUUCAAGAGACCAGUAAAUAUACAUUAAGUACGAACCUACUUAAAACUGUAGAAUAUACCAACGCUCACUUGUUUGUAUUUUACAUUCAGAUACCAACUUUGAUUUGUACUCUUUUCAUUUUUAACAUUCAUAAUGUUUUAAGUUUUUAUUAAUUAUAUAUAAAGUACGUAAGCUUAGGAUGACCAUUUCAAUGUUUCUGGUUCAGUCUUUUUGUUUAGUUUUGAGUUUUAUAUGUUCGAAUUUCCGGGGAUUAGGGAUAUGAAUCCUUGAUUUGAAUGCUGGAUAUAACUCUAAAUGAGUUUCAAUCUCAUCUUCAAUACAUUUUUAAUUUGAUUGGUUUUGUUUUACCUGUUUAGGACAACCUUGAUGAGUCGGACAAUAUUUCUGAUCAACAAAGAUCGGAUACUAAACGUUUAUUUCAUGACCAGGUUUUGAAACAAAACGUUUCUGACAAAACCUGUGCUUUGUCUAGCCCAUGUCUUGAUCCGAACCCGGAAAAAAAAAAACAGAGCUCACCAACGUUAUGUUAUGUUCUCCAACUUCAUUAGUGUCUUUCCCUAGACUCCCAAUACUACCACACAGUAUUAUAAUAUUAUCAGUUAGUAUCUUCAAAAUAUUGAAAUCUUGCUCUCCAAGUUAUUGUUAGUUGUCAUACCUGAUUCCAUGGCCUGGACCGCAGUUGAGUUUAAUUACACUUACGGUGGUCUCCGUUUGAAACGUGUUAUCGGUUAUGGUCACACCAGCAGAAGCUUGGACGUGGAGGCAAUCUGUGUUGGACUUUGGUCUUGACUAUCACACUGUGUGACUAGAGUUUUCAAAUUUAUUUUGUUUUUAUCGUCAUCGAGUUUUCAAACUUAACUCGGUGCUAAUGAUUGGUCUACCUUCAAAUAUAAUCAAGAUGGUGGUGGGAAUCAGAUAUAUGACCAUAACAUAUAAUCAAGAGUGGAUUAACAACGUAAAUAACUUAGGCUACAAGCUUAUCCUAUUCUACGUACGCAAGUUUUCAUCUAGGUAUAAGGAAAGAUCGAGACACACUCAACUUCGAUCCUUGAACAUGCAGCUAGUAUUAUUACGGCGCAUCAUGAUCCUUUCAUUGACCUUGAUAAAUUAAUUAAGAAAUUACUGGAAAAGUAUAAUUGACCAGUUAAUAACUUAAUUGAUCAUUUCAUCUUAUAUUUCUUGUUAAUAUUACGCCAAUUGAAGUGCAUGAACUUGAAAAAAUAUGAUUAAAUCAAAUGUUUGACUUAAGAAAUCAUUUUUAAGUAUAAGGAUAACAUUUAAUAUAGGGGAGAUUCGAGGAACCUUUCGGUGUGAUCAUUGGCGCAACCCAAUUUCUUCUUUUUUCUCUAAAGAAAUUGGCCCAAUAUUUCCUCCGUAGUAUUUCCACUUGUCAUGUUCCAUAACGUAACCAUGUUUUUUUUUAAUAACGUAACCAUGUUGUUCCACGCCACCAUCGUUAACCUUUACAUCACAUAUAUUUCAGAAGAGAUUAAUUUUAAUUCUUACACAACUACUCGGAGAUUGAUUAUGAAACAUUGUUGGUAUCAUCUAACAUACGAGGAUGAUUUAUGGUGAGUGGGAACACAAUAUCACAUAUUUCAGAAAUAAUUUGAUUAUAAUUACCUUAGCAUAACCUCUUUUCUUUUCUUUUGCUAUUUAUAUUUACACGAGAUUUUCCUAUUUUUAUUAAAUGAAUUUUCACUAGUACCUAAUCUAUGUUUUCCUCCCAAAAAAAAAACAAUCUCUGUUUUUUUUUUGGCAACAAUGUUUGGUCACUAAAAGCCAAUCGUUUGCUAAAAUAAUUGGCCACAUGAAUUUUCAGCAUUGAUAUUGUGUCCCCACUCUCCACAAAUCAUCAUGCGUAUUACAUAGGUAGCAAGCAUUGCCAAUGUGAGUCGUGACCAUUGAAUAUUAGGUUCCUCGUUCUUUUUCAAGCAUUGAUCUGUUCUUAUUUAAGUUACCGAUUUGAAUCAACAAAAUUGCCAAUGACGAAGGAUCUUUAAAUCACUUGGUUGCUACCUUAAGAUAUACGAAAUAAGGUACACUCAACUCAAGCCUAAAAGACAGAACCGUAUAUAUAAGAUAAAUUUGAUGGGUUAUUUCUGCAAUUAUUCAUUGAAUCCUUUUGUUUAAUAGUAAAGGAAACAAAACUGAAAAAUGAUCUCAGUCCCUGGUUUCUCUUUGCUUUUGGGGUCAAAAUCCCUGGUUUCUCAUUUCAAAGAGUUACCUACUGUUCCACUAUUCUACAUAUUAACAAAACAUAAAUUUAACUAACUGUUUGGACCAAGUCAGCAGUUCUCAGACCUAUGAUUUUUUAUUUGGUUUUAUUACCAUGUUUGCUAUAAAAGGAAAGAGUAUCACAAUCCCUUAAUCGGUAGCGGAGCCAAAAACUUUUUAUAUUAAAAUCAAAUAUUUUUGGUGGAGUUAAAUUUUUUAUUUUUAGUGGGAUCUACUCCCUCCGUUUUUUAAUAUAGGUCGUUUUAGACAAAAACUUUUGUUCCAAAUUAUAUGUCGUUUUCGGUUUUCUAUGUAAAAUUUAUUAAUAAUUAAUGUUGUAUGACCAAUGGUAAUAUAUCUUCUAUUUUUAUAUUGGUUAAAUUGUGGUUAAGUAAAUAAUUAAUGAUGUUUUUGUUUAGAAAAUAUAAGAAAUUAAUGGUUUUCUUAAUCUACGUACAUAACUGUAAAACGACUUAUAUUAAAAAACAGAGGGAGUAUAACUUUUUCUUGAGGAAAAACAAAUAUUUAAAAAAAAAUAUCAGCUGACCCCACUACUAGUACCCUGCCUUCACCCCCUGCCAAUGAUUAUGUUUUUAUUAAUGUUUCAAUAUUGGUGUGACCUUCGUCCCGCUCCGCCCUGCAGUUAAAAAUAACAAAAAUUUCUAUAUAUACUAUAUAUCUAUACAUUUUAAUAACUGUUAGAAUUGCACCGCAGUUGAACUGUUUGUCCCGCACCGCUCAAACUGCAGUCACAAUUCAGAACCAUUAUGUAAUUACUCUGGUUUUUCUCCUUUUCACGUAAAUAAAUAAGAAAACUAUGUCUACUGAUGGUGAAAGCAAUACAAUUCUAUCAUUAUAUGGAAUUCAACUCUAUCUUCUUUCCAUAGAUUCUGAUCGGAUACAAAAAAAUACUUGCAAGACGUUUAGUACGGAACGGAAACUUUUUAGGUACCUGAGCACGAUUAGAUAAAACAUUAAUCAUAAGCAACAUCACGAGAAAAAAAAUCAUUUCAUCAAGUCUAAAACGAGUUUGUUAUCCAUACUCGUGAUUUUCGCUAAUACGCUAUUUUAAUAAAGUAGAUGUAAUAAAAGAAAUAAAAGCAAAUUAGUUUUGCAGCUUUGCGUGUUCUUCUCAUGAAUUAACGAACUCUUCGUGGAAAUAUUUCCACGUAACGUUGUUUCGUGUAUUUCUCCAAUAAAAAUAUAUUAACCACUGGAAUUUCACUUUUCUAUCUUUUAUUCUACUUCUCCUGAUUUCUCUUUCACACAAGAUAUUAUUUAUAUACUUUUUGGUAGAAUUAUUUAUAUAAACUUAUUUUCAAAGAUUUAGUUUUUGCUUGCGUUGUAAAGAACAAAAAGGUAUGCGUUUUUAAUUUGGAAAACAAAAGAUUAUGUUAGUUCUUUAACUUUCAAACAAAUUUACUAAAAAUAUGUAAAAUAUAAGAUUAGAUUAUGUUAACUUUUGAAUUCAGGACUAAACUCGAAUGAAUGUUUGAAAUCUUAAACAUCCGGAGCUAAAACUGCAUAGAGAAAAUGUAGUUUAUCAUGUAUUUAUUUCGUUUUUUAGCUGAGCAUUGCUUUCUAAUUCUAUUUUUCAUAUAUAUUGUAUAUGAACCUAAUAUUCCAUUUUAACAUAACAA